GUCAUUGAAUUGACAUUCUGUCCGAUGUCAGAUUACUGGGGGUUCGGGUAGAUGGCCUUAUAACUCAGGGGUUCUGGACGAGAUGUGUACACUUGAACAUAACCUUAUUCAGAAAAUUUGAGUGAGGGAUGCGUAAGGAAGUAAGGUAGAGAAGGUGUUUGUGUGCAUAUCUAUCUCUCAGGCAACAGGCCAGUACGUGUGGCGCGGUGCAAGCUACGUCACGACAACGUCACAGAGUUAGGGGGCGGGAGGGACUUGCACACGUUCCAACUCGCCUGUAUGGCUGGCAGUUGGCGCGGCCUUAUAAACCCGGCACCCGUCGUUCACACUCACUCCUCUCACGGGCUGCACUCAGAGAGGACACAGCAGCAUCACUGUUACACAACAGCAACAAUUUACGCAACUGGAAUCUUCACCACGUGUUUUGAUCAUCUAAACAAGACAGACUUUGACCAAUAGUAAACUUCCCUGGGAAAAGUUACCGCUCGUUGCAUGUGGAAGCUGAAAUAAUACAGAAAGGAAGAGAAGGACAUCAACAAUUGCAACACACAACCUGCUGGUGUGGCACUGCGUCAAGUGACUGACCACGAUGGCACCACGCACUGCUAACGUCGUCACGCCUCAGGCGGUCGCUGUGCAUGACCUCGGGACCCAGAAGAGCAGCGGAAUCGUUACGCCCAUCCACCGCAACAAACACUCGCAUCACGCCAACAUGACAGCGAAACAGGCUCGCCAAGCAAUUGUGAGUGCGGCGAAGGACGGUUACCUGAGGUGCGUGCAGCAGCUGCUACGGAAGACGGGGCCAAGCGUGCUUCGCGGCAGCACACUGCUGCACGUGGCAGCAGAACACAACCAGGUGUCCGUGGCACUCUUCGUGAUGCAGUUCAUAAGCCCCAACGCUGUCAACGCAGACGGCAGCACGCCGGCUCACCUGGCGGCCAGGAAGGGCCACACCCAGGUGCUGAGUGCACUGCUGCGUGACCCUUUCCUGGAUAUCACCAAACGUGACCGCUAUGGCUACACUUUCAAGCAAUUGCUUUGUGCGCCGCUGUUUGACGCGGUUCUGAAGUGGGACAAUGCCAAGAUCAAAGAUCUCUUGAAUGUGGGCGCUGACCCCGACACGGAGGCUGGGGGCGUGGUGGGCGGCGCACUGGUGCGAGAGCUGCGGGUCACCACUGCCCGCCAGCUGGCCCGCGCCCUAGGACGGGAUCAGCAGACCGCUCCCAUGUUUGGAUUGAAUAACGCACCAAAGCCCCGAAUAUCAGGAGUCUCUAGCAAGUUGGAUCAAUCAUCCACACCGAGAGGCCGCAGCGCCGCCCUCCACCAGCUGCCGAUGGGCUCCUUGAGGCUGCAGGUGGCUCCCUCCGAGGUGGCGGCUGGCGGGCAAGACGUGUACCAGACCAACGACUCCUCUCCCGGCUACGUGUGUGUCCUGAACUACGGUGCUUUCCAGUAUCGCCCUGACCUGCACCUUGGCGGUUCCGAAGCCGACGCCCACAAUCUGGCCACCGUGUUCAACAAGAUGGGCUACACCGGCCACACUCAUUUCUCCCUCACUGCCGACCAGACCAGGCACGAGCUGACGAGGCUGCGGGACAUGCAGGAGGUUCGGCAGGCUUCGUGCCUCGUCUUCGUCAUCUCCAGCCACGGCACGUCUCGUCAACAGUUCCUCACCAGCGAUAUGCAACUGUUACACACUCAGUGGGUGCUCGACCUCUUCAAGGACUCGCAGUGUCCUCACCUGAAAGACAAGCCCAAGGUGUUCCUGUGGGAUCUGUGCCACGGCCAAUACAGAGAGAACCACAUCCAAAACAUCCAAGGCUACGCCGCUCCUCAACAUGGCAGACUGGACGAGCCGCUGCGAGACGUGGUGUGUGUGCACUCCAGCAGCGGAGGUUUCACCAACUACACCUUCACCAGGGACGGCACGCCCUUCACCAAGGCGCUGUGCCGCACUCUGGCACACCAUGCUCACCACAAGGACCUCGACGAGCUAUACAGGGCGCUUCUCGCUGAAUACCGCAAGGCAGCGCCCGGUGUGGUGCCCACGUUUACCAACAUUGGGUUCAGCAAAAGAUUCUUCUUUAACCCAAGACCUGAGGCCAACGCGUGAGCUCACUGCUUGUGCUCUCACCAUGUGUGUAUGUACUGAUCUGAUACCAAAGAUAACGUUAAGUAUGCCCGUGAGGUGCUAGGCACUGUGGUCGCUGGAGAACGCUGCUGUACAGAGACACGAGUCUCAAUACUACCUUAUAGCGGAAUCAUAAUUUAAAGAUGUAUGCACUCGUCUGGUGAGGUUAGUGUGUAUGCGAAUAUCUGGACUCUGGGUUUGAAUCUGUCAGCAUAUAGUGUGCACAGAUAUUUAGGCAAAAAAAUUUUAUGGAUCUAAUUUUAGUGGUUACUUUAUUAAAUACUACAUUUCCAAAGGAAUGUUGUUAUACUUAACAUC